CGGGUCAUCAGGUAUGACAGCGGGCACUGGGUCACCAGGCAUCAGGUCAUUUGGCUUGCCAGCGGGCACCGCGUCAUCUGGCAAGGCAGUGGGCACCGGGUCACCAGGUAUGACAGCGGGCUCUGAGUCAAUUGGCACGACAGCGGGCACUGGAUCAGGUACCGGAUCAUCUGGAUCAACAGCGGGCAUCGAGUCAACUGGCCUAAUAGGAUCGUCGGGCUGGAUCAGUUCAUCAUGCUGAGUAGCGGCAUCAGGCUGAAUGCAGGCAUCAGGCUGAGUAGAGGCAUCAGGCUGAGUAGAGGCUUCAGGCUGAGUAGAGGCUUCAGGCUGAGUAGAGGCUUCAGGCUGAGUAGAGGCUUCAGGCUGAAGAGAGGCAUCAGGCUGAAGAGAGGCAUCAGGCUGAAGAGAGGCAUCAGGCUGAAGAGAGGCAUCCGGCUGAAGAGAGGCAUCCGGCUGAAGAGAGGCAUCCGGCUGAAGAGAGGCUUCAGGCUGAGUAGAGGCUUCAGGCUGAGUAGAGGCUUCAGGCUGAGUCACGGAAGGCAGGUUCACCGGUUUGGAUACUGGCAGGAUGGUAUUGGGUUAAAGGCAGGAUAGGUGCAGCGAGUGGGAACAGGGUACUGACAUGCGGAGCUGUUGGGAAUACACAGGAGUAGAGUUAGAAGCAGGACUGGGUUUUUGUAAGCUGACUGAGGCUGGGUGCAACAAAUCUGUCCAUGUCUGCAGUAUGGGUUGAACAAAGCUG